CCCUUACCUCAGCAACCGUUGCUCAGCUACCAACUGAUUCACGAUUCCUUGGAUUCCCAUAGAUCACGGUUUGGCCUCUCCUUUAGCAGACAAGAUGCCGCGGGCUAUCAGAGGCGUCCUCGUCGAGUGCGAGCCCGCGAUCAAAUCCAUAAUCGUCCACCUCGACAGUGAAAACCACGAUUUUAUCAUCGAAGACCUCGACGAGCAGCGACUCGUGGUUAAGGAAAACAUGGUGCAGCUGCUCAAGCAGAAGCUGGAGGAGCGUCUAAAGGAGACCUACCGGCCGGAGGAACCUCUUAUCGACUCGGACUGAACAGUCAGACGCCGAAAACCAUGGACAGAGUCGGGGACAUGGAUGAUUUAUAGACUCCGCCGACACAGAUGGUCUUCACAGUCACCCCCAUAUCCCUACGAUGUCCCGGUCGCUGCUGCACUCUGCUAUCCUUCCGAAUAUGGUCUGUUAUGGCGGAUGGCCCGCAGGAUUGGGUAUCACGAUUAUCUAUAGAGAA